GACUGUUAUCAAGAGACCAUCUACAUCUGGCUCAACAUGCUCACCAGCUUGCUGUCGGAGGCCCCUCUCUGGAGACGCUGCAGGAGAUAUUAGUGGUAAGGAGCCCCCAAGGUGUCAGAGCAGGGGAACCAGCAGCUCCCAUGCCGGAGGACAGACCCUCUUGAAAUGAUUGCACGGGGGGCAUCUGUGGCCAACUCGCUGGUUGUGGGUGCUGAUGGUCAAGUGGGCCUCUGUUCUGCUAGCAAUGCUUGUGCAAGGCACACAAGAUAUGUCCUCUGCUGAUGGCGUAUGGGGAAGGGCCGUGGCUCGGGGCAGAGCAUCUGUCUUGCAUGCCCAAGGUCCCCGGUUCAGUCCUCAGCAUCUCCAGGUGGGGCUGGGAAAAGGCUCUCUGUCUGAAAGCCCAAAGGGCCAACUGCCAGUCCUCAGUACCUGUGGAUCAAUGGCUGGGCUUGGUCUAAGGAUGCUUCCUGCAUUCCAUUGCUAUGGCUGUGGUGAGGUGUAUGUUGUAUUGUUGUAAUUAUCACACACACAAACACACAAAUGACAGAUUGCAGGGCGGUUCACAACAUAAAAAUACAAAAUCAGAACAGAAAAUGCAUAAUAAAACAAAAGCAACCCAAGAGCCAAUUAAUAUCUAAUUCUACUAAUGCUUUUUUUUUAAUGGCUUCUUUUUUCUGUGUCUUUAGUUGUUCUUGUUUUGUUUGUAAGCUGCCUCGAGACCCUGUCUGGGAAAGAGGUGGGGUAUUAAUAAUAAUAAUAAUAAUAAUAAUAAUAAUAAUAAUAAACAAAUUGCAGCAAACUUUCUCCUUUACAAAACAACCCCUUUUUGCAAUUUGUCCCCUCUAUGAAGCUUUGUGAAUUUGCAAACCUGGAUUAAGGGUUGUCCUUCCAUGUGAUGACGAUGAUUUCUCUCUUACAGCACACAAAUGGCUGGAUUGACUCCACAAAAAUCAGUGAGAGGCAAAGAGCAGUCAAGACCACCAACGUACUCAUGAAAUAUGUCUCUGAGCAUUUGGACUUUGAUGUGAGUGACCAAGGCUUAAUGCUGCAAUUUCAAAUCGUAUUGCAUUGGAAAGUUCAGGUGUGAACUAGGUGAAAGCUGUAUGGCAUGGCCAUCCCAAGGGAAGGUGCCAGCCAGUGCUAUUUUUCUAGAAAAAGGUGCCAGGACUCACCAUGAACUCACCUCCCUCAUUCUCUUAUAAUGGCAAUAGCGCCCACCUGAGAGGUGCCAGUGUUAGCUAUUUGCAGUAUAGUAGCACUGCAGAGAGCUUGCUGGGGAGACCAUGCGUUAAAAAGGGACUCAAAAAUAACUAAACAAGGUUUUAAUAACAAAAACAAAAACUCCUUAUACACUAAAUACACCAACAACAAACCAGGCCCAACCACCAACCCAUCCCCCAGGGUAACGGAAGAGCUAGGUGCUGCUCCUUAUAUACUACACCCAAAUGCUGACACAGCUUAAUCAAUACAACUCAGCACCUGCUGUGUUUCACAGCUGUAAAGCUGGGUCUCGUUAUUUUGCUCUGGCCCCUUAAAGACAUACACAUCGGGUGGAACAAUGAUGAACCUUUACAUUUAAAGAAACCAUUCAACAUUUCCCCUGUGGUUCAUCAUUGUGGAACAAAAUCAUAAAGCAUAUUUUGUACAUGUCUUUCAUGAGUAACCUUUGGAAGCGCUUUAGUAAAAAUGUCUGCAAUUUGAUUGUCACCUGGAACAUAUUGAAAUACAAUCAUUUCGUCAGCAAUUAGUUUCUUUACAAACUGUAAACGUAAUGUCAGGGCUGCCUCAGGUCUCAGCUCACAAAAGACCAACGCCAAGUUCUUCUUAUAUACAAAAGUGUUUAUUGGAGUUCGUUGUUUGCUUCACAUCCGAGGCGCGCAGCCCCACGUCUGUUACGCUUAGACCGUUGAAGUCUCCUCUGAGUCAGUCCCUCCCCUGCACCAGUUUAAGAGGCUUGCGCUGCUCCACCUCUUCCUCUCUUUCCUUUUCCGCAGGGUCUUCCUGCCCGCUGGGGUUUCGCCCCUCCUGGAUUCCCCUGACGCGGAAUCCCCAGAUUGCUCUUCCCCCCCUCCUGCGGGCUUUGGGACCUGGCUCCUCCUCCGGGCUCCCUGUACUUCCGCGCGCCUCCACAUUUGAACUUGGCGCGCGCGCCCAACCUCUAACCUUCCUUUUGACAGUUACACUACUCCCUUCACUACUCCCUCCCCUUCCGGGAGGGUGGCUUGCUCCGACCUCCCUCCCUUCUCUGCUGCCGGAGCUGCUUCCCCUGAUACACUGGAACCUCCACCCCCUUCGCUGCACUCUGGCGGGGAGGCUGGUCCUGACGCCCAGCUGCCACUUUGGGAUCCCCCGCUGGCCCCCUGCUCCUGACACCCCCCCCGGGGCUCCCCGGGCCUUGACCACCGGCGCCCCCUUCUGGGAAUCCUCUGAUUCGCUGGAAAGACUCAUGGAAUCUCUUGAGUCAUUGUCAUCCUCUUCCUCGCUGUCCUGGGAUUCAUCCCCAUCGCUCUCCAUCUCCUGCCUACCCUGUGCCUCUGUCCCUGAACCCCUGACACGUAACCUUAAGACUCUAGUGCGCUGUGCAUUGGUCUCUGAACACAGGAUAGCUAGUCCGCUCUGGGAAUCAAGGUAAACUCUUACUGGUAGUGUUACUUUCAUCUGUAGGUCUGCAAAUACUUGCAGAUACCAUUCCACAUCACGAGUGGCCUGAACGCAUGCACAUAAUUCACUCUCUGUUGUGGAGAGACAAAUAAUGGUUUGUGUCUGGGACUUCCAUUCAAAUGGACAACCGUUAUAACAAAACACCAUACCAGACACAUCCCUGCAAUUAUUUUGUUCCACUGCAUGAGAUGCAUCGCAGAAAAUUUCAAAACCUUUGUCAAUACAUGAUGUAAACUGCAACCUAUAAUGUUUGGUAUGUUUAAGGUACACUACCACUCUCUUAAGAGCAGAGAAACAUUGCGUAGUGGGCUUUUCCACAAAUUUUGCCAGAAAGUGAAAGGCAUAAGUUAUAUCUGGUCUUGAGAUUCUUUGAAUGAAAUUUAGCUUGCCUAUAGCAGAACGAUACAAAGUUUUGUUAGGAAAUGGCUUAUCUUCACCUGUAAAGGUGAAACCACACACCAUAGGCGUUUCCUUCCCAUUUGCAUUUUCUUAAACCCAUUUUGAAUCAAUAAGUCUCAUAUCUGGGGUUUGUGGUACAAGAGACCAGGUGUUAUGCUCUUUUAAAGAAGCUAUCUCAGAGUUGAUAGCUUUAUACCAAUUUACAGCUUGGUGCUUAGGUAAAUUCUGAACAUCAUUGUAGCUUUUUGGCUCAAAAACCGCCUUAUUGGCAUACACAGUAUUUAAAUGUUCAUCUGCAAAACGUUGUGGCUUCUGUCUCUUUCUAUCUGAACGUCUCAGUCCGGAAGGAGAGUCAGACUCCUCAGACUUAAUGGGACUAAGUGAACUACUAGUUUCAGGUUGUAAAUCAUCAUUGUCAGACCAAAGAGGUGCCUGUAGGCUAAGCUCACAGUCAGAAAACUCAAGAGAAUCUAAGCUCCCCUCGGGUGCCUGUGACUUUAAAUCAUCAAACAAAUUAUCAGAUUCAACAGGCUUUUUGUCUUGUUCCAUUAAUUCAGAAGCACCAUUUCCUGCUGCUGCUGCUGCUGCUGCUGCUGCUGCUGCUGCUGCUUCCUCUUCUUCCUCAGUGUCAUUUAUACCGUUAGUAUCUUGGAAAACAGCAACGCCAUUCCAAUUUACAGUUUGUAUCAUGCUUCUGGUAAUAUGAAAUUUGCCAGUUGCUGGUAUGUAAAUUCUGUAUGCCCCCUGCUGGUAGCCCAUUAAUUUUCCCUGAACACUACACUCACCCAAUUUCUGCUUAGCGGGAUAAUGCAUAAUUACAUCUGAAUCCCAAAUGCGUAGGUAUUUCAGAUUAGGGUGUUUUUUAAACAGCUUCUCAUAUACCUGAAGGAGCGUCUCCACCCCCAUCGUUCUGCCCGGACGCUGAGGUCCAGCGCUGAGGGCCUUCUGGUGGUUCCCUCAUUGCGAGAAGCAAAGCUACAGGGAACCAGGCAGAGGGCCUUCUCGGUAGUGGCACCCACCCUGUGGAACACCCUCCCAUCAGAUGUCAAAGCAAUAAAUAACUACCUGACAUUUAGAAGGCAUCUUAAGGCAGCCCUGUUCAGGGAAGCUUUAAUCUGUGAUAUUUUACUGUAUUUUUUGUUUCUAUGGAAGCCGCCCAGAGUGGCUGGGGAAACCCAGCCAGAUGGGCGGGGUACAAAUAAUAAAUUAUUAUUAUUAUUAUUAUAGGGGGUUGUUAGGAUAUUUCCGUUCCACCUUAAACAGGGAGCAGGCUGUUGUUUGAGUCACAGUCUGCGUACUUCCGGCUCACAGGAAGUUUAUGUUUUGUACAUAGCUUUUAUUUCUCUCUCUGUGCCUGAACACGCAGGCAAGCAGUCAUGUUUUUUCUUUGUUCUGACCAACGCUGAAUAAAGUUGUAAAUAAUGCUCUCCUGAGUGCAUCUUUCAUUGUGCGAACUCUGCAAAGGUAGUUGUCAGAGCUGCUUCCAGAUCCUAGCUCACAGAGGAUCACGCUAGCCAGCGAUCAUUAAACAAAAGUCUUUAUUGAGUUACAGUUUCCAUUCUCAAGCUGCUGCGUGCAACUCUACGUCUCAUGCUUAGACCGGCGAAGCUCCGUCUGAGUCUCCGCCCCUUGUACACCAACUUAAUAUCCUAGCCCUGCUCCACCUUUUCCGCCUGACUGUUCUUCUCUGGGUCCCUCUGCCCCCCGGGGUCUCUUCCUUCCGGGAUUCCUCUGACGCUGACUCCCCUGACUCUUCUCCCUCCUUUCGGCGGGCUUUGGGACCUGGCUCCCUUUCCGGGCUGCCUACUGCGCCACCUUCCUGUGCAUUUGAACUUGGCGCGCGCCCAACCUUCCACCUUCCGUCUGACCGUUUCUUCGCUCCCCGAUGGAGGUGUGGCCACUCCUGACUCGUGCCCUCCCCCCUGUUGUGAGUUGCCAGCGCUUGAUCCCUGGUGCCCUUCCUCUUCCCUGCUCUCUGGCGGUGACGUUGGUCCCGAUUUCCAACUGCUCCCCUCUGAGUCCCCUCUGGCUCUAUCUUCCUGGGGUGUCCCCUAGGCUCCCCCUUGCCCUGGCCACUGGUGCUCCUUUCUGUGAAUCUUCUGAUUCACUGGAAAGACUCGGAGAUCUCGGGUCGUCGUCAUCACUCAUCUUUUCUUCUGCCUCCUCCCCCUCGCUCUCUGUUUCCUCCCUUGCCCUUGCCUCUGCUCCUGAACCCCUGACAGUAGUGCACAAGUCCUUGAAUGUGGAAAGCUGUUUCUGAGGCUUGUGUCGCUAAUUGACUGAUACUGCGUUCCUACGGGAGGUUGAUGGAUCGGCCGGAGUCAACGUGGGGGCAUGAUGGCCUUUGUCUCCCUGGCAGUAUCCCAACAGGGGUGACAUCUAAACCAGAAUGAUAACUGCGAUUUCUAACGUAACAAAAGGCAUUGAGCGCUUCAGCCCAAAAGACUUUGGGCAGAUUAGCAUUGUGCAGAUAAGUUUUAACCCCUUCCUGCAGGUCACGCUGCACAACUUCAACAAGCCCAUUUUGCCAGGGACUUGGGGGGCAAGAUAACUCAUGAGUAGUCCCCUGCGCUUCCAGGAAUUUCUCAAAAUCCUCAGAAACAAAUUCCCCGCCCCUGUCAGAAAAAAGGUUCUUAAUAGGUUUGUUAAAAUGCGUUUUUACCCAGUUGCAAAAAGCUCUGUACUUCUCAAAUGCUUGGGACUUCUCAGCUAUUGCAUAAGUCCAACAAUAUCUACUAUACUGGUCUAUCAGGGUAAGCCAGUACUUAGAACCUCCUAAUGAUGGUGGGAGUGGCCCAACUAAAUCACAAUGUACACGCUCAAAUGGCUCAGUUACUUUCCUAUCUGAGCACCUACCCUUGAGUGCAACCUUAAUGUUAUUCUUGCAACAGGAUAGACAUUGCAUAAAGAAUUUACAUGGUUUUAAGUUUAGGCCAUUAAUAAUAUUCUUUGUCUUAAUUACAUCAGCAAAAUUCAGAUGUCCCAGAAUUCUGUGUGCUUCAUGGGCACACCCGGAAUGUGGCCUUACAUUCCUCAACCCCUGGCUUGACUGUGCUGCUCUGCAAUUUAUAGGCGAUUGGGAGUAGGUGCGAAAAUACAGUCUAUAUAAACCAUCAGAGUCCUGGGCAUACAAUAGACGUUUGUUCCCAUCGAAAAACUCACACAUUGACUUUAAGAAACGCACAGUUAUGCCUUGACAAGCAAAACAUCUUACUGACAAUAAAUUGUCCACUGACGGGCAGUAAAUGCAGUUCGCUAUCGUAAUGUUUAAAGAGUCAAGUUUAAUAGUAUCCCUGCCAAGCGACUGCAAGACUUGUGAAUUGGCUAAAUGUACAUUACCAAUUUCCUCUUUAAAAGAAAUAAACAAGCUUCGAUCGUUGCAAAUGUGCUGAGAUGCUCCUGAGUCCACAAUAAAAGACUUCCACUUGGCACCUUUAAUUCUUUUACGAUCUGUAGUCCGAGCAUGAAAAGCUCGUGGCUCGCUUCUGUCUUUAUGGUACGAUGUCGGCUGCUGGGCUGACGACCGUGACUGAUGAACAGAAACAGACUUGGGAGUACUUUGCUUUCUUUUGGAUCUGCAGUCCUUUGCAAAAUGUCCCUGCUUAUUGCAGAACCAAUAACGCUUUGCAGCUUUAAAUGCAGUCGUAUCACCACAAGUUUGCAUAUGGCGUUCCUCGUUGUUUCUGGAAAUAUGAGUGCUUAUGGCACAAGCCUCCCUUCUAUCCAACUCGCCCAUUAAUCUUGCCGUUACCCCUUCCACAGUUAAUUGUGCUGGUGGAACGGCAGAUAUCUGGCUAGCUACACCAUCAAAGUCCUCAUUAAGGGAACAAAGAAUGAUAAAAACAUACUGAAUAUCAGGUAUCUCCAUGUCCCUUUGAAUUAAUUUGCAGCGUAUUGCCUCCAGACGUCUCAAGUGUGCUGCCAAAUCACCACCAGGCUGCAACUUGGUCUGGUACAGCUGCUUGAAAAACGUCAAUGCAGACGCUGACUCUUUUCUAAUAUGCACUGCUGCAAGACUGUCCCACAUUUCUUUGGCAGUUUUCUUAUUUCUUAUAUAGACUACUUGCUGGUCGCUGACUGCCAAAUUAAUUAUUGCCCUGGCUUUUGCAUCUCCUUUCGACCAAGCAUUAGUUACAGGGUCAGGAGGGUCAUCAGUUACAUAGGUGCAUACUUCUCUAGAGGUCAAAAGCGCCUCCACCCGAAAAGACCAUAAACUAUAGUUCUCAUCUGUUAGCUGUGGGAACACCAGAGCCUUCUCGGCUUCUGGAACCCGGUCAACCAUUCUGGAACUCUUCCAGACCCACAGAAACUACACUAACAGGAGAAGGAGUUUUCAAACCUUUCUCAGAGUCAAAAAAUAUGCAGUCAUCCACUCAGCAGCUGGGCCCAUAACCAAAGAUGUUACCUAUUUGCAGUAUAGUAGCACUGCAGAGAGCUUGCUGGGGAGACCAUGCAUUAAAAAGGGACUCAAAAAGUACUUAAACAAGGUUUUAAUAACAAAACAAAAACUCCUUAUACACUAAAUACAUCAACAACAAACCAGACCCAACCACCAACCCAUCCCCCAGGGUAAUGGGAGAGCUAGGUGCUGCUCCUUAUAUACUACACCCAAAUGCUGACACAGCCAUUCAACAUUCAACCAUUCAACAGCCAGAACUGAGUUCCAGUGAGUUCUGGCUGGGGAAAAAGCCCUGGGGCAAGCCUAGGGUGGGCCACCUAAGCACAGCUCUCUUGCCCUGCGCCCCUCUGCCACCUUUGCCGACUGAAAGCAUGCCAGACGGUUUUCUCUUGCUGGGCUCUGUGGGACGAGGGCUGACUGUGCAUCUCUCUCUCUCCACCUCCUAGGUAUCCCAGGAUUUCCCCCUUCUUGGGCAGCUGGUGGCGCUCUUGUCCAUUCACCUCACAGACAACGUGAAGGAGAUUGGCCUGCAGUCAGCGGAGGCCUUGUACCAUCUCCAUUACAUCAUGAUAGCCAAAAUGGGUGAGGGCGAUGCUGGGAAAUGGCUUGUUUCUUGUAAGCUGCAGGGUGGGAGAUCUGUAGCCCUCCAGAGGCUGCUCCAACUCCCAUCAUCCCUGAGUGUUGCCCAUGCUGGCUGCUGCUGGGGUUGAUCAGGGAGUUCAGGAGGGCCAGAAUUCGUGCCAGCACUGGCCUAACGCCAACACCCUGUUGGCCAGAGACGAGAGGGCAGUCUUGGGGGAGGGAUUCACUGCUGAAGAACAUCAGAAAAGCCUUCUGGACCUGACCAGUGGCCCAGCCCAGUCCAGCAUCCUGUUCCCACAAGGGUUGACCAGAUGCCUGUGGGAAUCCAGCAAGCAGAAUUCAAGCUCUUUCUACUCCUGUACUUUGCUGCCUCUGACCAUGGAGGCAGAGCAUAGCCAUCCUGGCUAAUAGCCAUGGGUAGCCUUCUCUUCCAUGAAUUUGCCUCAUCUUCUUUGAAAGACAUCUUGGUCCGUGGCCAUCAGUGCCUCCUGUGGCAGGGAGUUCCAGAGUUUAGCUGUGCACUGCAAGAAGAAGGACCAUCCUGAAACUUCAGUUUCAUUGGAGGUCCAGUUGUUCUCAUGUUCUGACGGGGUGAUAGAAAGCUUUCUCUCUCCACUUUCUCCAUGCCAUACAUUGUGUCUCCUCUUCCUCGCCGUUUUUCUAAACGGACCCCCCCCCCCCAAUGCUGCAACCAGCUCCACAAGCCCCCCAGGCCGUUUGGUUGCCCCCGUCUGAACCAUUUUACCAGUUCUGAAUUAUAAUUUUUGAGGUGAAAUUGAUAAUUGUUUUUGUUGGUCCCAGUGGGAAAACUGGAGGUUUUGAGCAGGGAGCACUAAUGCUGGGUUCUUUUGCAUGCAUAUUCCAAAACCCGACCCUGCUUAGGUAAGGAACUGGAGAAGAGGAGGAAUAAAAAUAAGAAAGGCAACAUGGUCAGAUGGGUCCGAGAAGACUUCUUCAUCCCUGGGCCCUCCCUCUUCCACUACAACAUCGCAAAAGUGGCCAAGGUAGGGGUGGCUUUUUGUACUCUUUAUUGCUAAGACCGCAGCCACUCCCAGUUAGCAAAGAUUUGCUCAUUCGGGCCAAUGGGGCCCUGCCCCACCAACUUCAGCCUGCCCUCAGGCAGCCCACGCCUUCUAGGGAUGAGGGAGAGAUUCAGAGCAGUUCACACUGGAAGCCAAAGCUAUCAAAUCGAGGCUUUCAGAAACAAUAGGAGAACUGAAACACAACCCGCCUUUGAAAUUCACAUGUCUUUGAAUUUCGCAAUGCCAAACAGUGUGUAAAAAAAUACAUGCGUGAGCUAUUAGUGUAAACAACAUUCAGAAAUGCAUUGUAUUAGAAUAAAUUGCUCCAAGACAAGUGCCCGGUAGCCUAAACUGCAUGCAGAAUUCUACUUAUUGAAAUUCUACCAGGUGCUGGGAGACCUAGGGUUCAGAUCCCCACUCAGCCCUGAAACUCAAGAGUCAGUCACAGUCUCUCAGUCUAACCUAUCUCAUGAGACUAAAACGGGAGGAGAGAGAACCAUGCAUUGCCACCUUGGGCUCCUCAGGGUGGAAAAAGAAUAGGAAAAGUUGACUCAUUCGGUGCAUCUUUCACAAGGCACUGCCAAGCCAAUGAACUAUGCCAACCUUGUGGUGGGUGUUUUUGUUGUAUAUUAAGAACUAAACCCACAGCCGGCAGGUUCCCACCCAGUCUGUUUGGCAUUGGUUAUAUAAUAGAUAGCCACUAUUAUUCACCCUCUCUGUUCCUGCGAGAAUUUUUUUUUAAAUUUUCUAGUCUGAUUUUAGAUUGAACCUCCUCAUGUUCCAAUGUCAUAACCAAUUUAAGAUGUGGAUCGAAAAUAGCAAGGCGUCACCUGACUUUUAGUUUUGUUUGUUGUAAAAUAUUUCAGCUACUUAAAUAAACACAUAAAUAGAAUCACCGAAUUGUAGAGUUGGAAGGGACGUGGGGGUCACUUAGUUCAACCCUCUCAAGGCAGAGUGGAGAUGUCUUUCACUUGGUUUGUGAAGGCACGCUUGGACUACUGAAACGUGGUCAGAGUGUGGAGCAGAAGAAAACUCCCUCUUCUUUCUUCUUUGUGCCAGGCUUUUGGGGAGCACCUCACGCCCAGCCAGAUCAACGAAGUCGUGCUGAAGGCGAUUGACAACCUGACAGUGGAAGACAGAGCCGUCUCUCAGGCUGCAGGAAAGCUCCUAAGGUCCUUCCUUGAGGAAUGCGGCAUGGAUAUGGAAGACGUAAGGCUCAAAACGGAGGCAGGGGGAGCAGGUUUCCUCUAAAUUAAACAUUCUCUUCGGACUUAGAAUUAGGUUCUUUCUGGGAAGUAAGAAGGCAUUGUGUGGGAAGUAAGAAGAGCCAGUGUGGUGUAGUGGUUAAGAGCGGUAGUCUCGUAAUCUGGGGAACCGGGUUCGCUUCCCCGCUCCUCCACAUGCAGCUGCUGGGUGACCUUGGGCCAGUCACACUUCUCUGAAGUCUCUCAGCCCCACUCACCUCAUAGAGUGUUUGUUGUGGGGGAGGAAGGGAAAGGAGAAUGUUAGCCGCUUUGAGACUCCUUCGGGUAGUGAUAAAGCGGGAUAUCAAAUCCAAACUCUUCUUCUUCUUCUUCAAUUUCCGUGUCUGUGGCUCGAGCCUCUGUUUCCAUCCUGCUGCAGUUCGGCUUCCAAAAAUCAACCACCCUGUUUUUCAUCUCCCUGUCUGCUUUGGCAGUAUUUUAAUUACAUUAUUCCACCCUGUUCAUUUCAGUGCAAAGGAAACACAAUAUGGGCAACACUGAGGUCAAUUAAUAAAACUUUGCUAUGAUCAAAAUGAUCACCCUCCCAAAACUAACCUACUUAUUCCAAACCCUCCCAAUCUGGAUUCCCCCAACACUACUCCGCAGAUGGCAGAGAAAACUACACUCUUUUAUCUUCUCACAUAAAAAACCAAAAAUAAGCCCCAAAUACCUGCACCUCCCCACCUCAGAAGGAGGAUGGGGAAUCCCCAACAUGGAAGCAUAUUACAUUGCCAGCCAAAUACUCCAUAUAAUCCCAUAUAUACUAGAAGAUGAGACAAAACAAUGGGUACACCUAGAGAGGGACAUAAUUGAAAAUACCAACCCCAUCCCCACUAAUCCCCUGCCCUACCACCCAUUAUUCCACCAUGCAGCACAAAACCUCCAGAUAAAAACCUGGCAAACCAAAGGCUUAUAUCGCCCAAUAGACUUCUGUAAAAAUAACAAACCUUUGUCAACACAAGAAAUACAAGACAAACUAGAAGACACCCAAAUGCCCUGGUUAACACAACACCAAUUACAUGCCCUCUUAAACAAUCCAACAAUAAAAUCAGCAGCAACUAGGCCCCUGAUAACCUUUGAAAACCUCCUCCUAACAACAAAGGGAAACAGUAAAGGGAUGGUAUCCGCAAUAUACAAAAUACUACUCCAAAAUCCCACAAACCCCCUAGACGCAAUCAAAAAACAAUGGGAGAAUGACAUAGGCUAUGAGAUUAACCCCACUCAAUGGAUCAGAAUGUGAUCUAAACCCCCCUUUAAAUCCAUAUCAAUGAAAAGAACUCACUCUGAAACCCACCUACAGGUGGUACCUAAGACCAAGAAAACUAGCGCUAAUAUGCCCAGGAACCUCACCAAAAUGCUGGAGAGGGUGCACCUCCACAGGCACAUACCUCCACAUGUGGUGGGAGUGCCCCAAAAUCCAACUAUUCUGGACAACAGCCAUACGAGAAAUAUGUAAAAUAACUAAGCAAGUAUUAGACAUCACCCCAGAAUUGGCCCUACUAAACAUCUUCCAAGACAACAAUGCCCACUUACACCACAAAGAACUCAUAACCCACCUACUUUCAGCAGCCAGAAACACCAUAACCAGACACUGGAGAGACUUGUCAGGAGUAAGCCUGGACCAAUGGUACCAAAUAGUAUGGGAAACAGCCCUACUAGAAAAAUUAACCAGUAAACUGGCACGGGGACAAAUAGAAGAAGACACCUUCACCCUGGUAUGGCUCCCCUUUAUCAAAUACACAGCCCAACAAGACAAUGACAAUAAUCCACCAACAGCAUACAAAUCAAUAUGGCUAACCUGAUCCAAAACACCCACCCACCCCACUCUCACACGAAAACAAAGAUCACCACAGCCAAUCACAAACAAACAACCACACCCUAGGCCAACCCCAACCUCUCUCACCACCAAAGGAACACAAGUGGAGAAACAAUUUACAUAUUUUCUGAAUCGAACCAGUCAAUGUCAAGAAUAGAUCAAAUAUGGGUUUCGAAUGAACUGACUCCAAGAAUACUACAAGUUGAAAUACAAUCUAAAGUAAUCUCAGAUCAUAAUCCAAUAAAAUUGGAACUAAAAGGCUUUGAAGAAAGAACAUUUAGAUGGAAAAUUAAGGGUUAUCUUUUGGAAGACCAGUAAAUUGUAGGAAAAGCACAAAAGAAACUAGCUGAAUACUUUGUUGAUAAUUGCAACAAGGGUACAAAGAUGAGCGUAGUAUGGGACGCAAGCAAGGCUGUGAUGCAAGGUUUUUUUAUCCAGCAGAAUUCAUUGAAGAAUAAAAACAGAGAAAAGGGGGGAAAGGAAAUUUUAAAGCAGAUAAUGGACAAUGAACAAAAAUUUAUUAGAAAACCAAAUAACUCCAAAAUAAAACAAGAAAUUAAGACCUUGCAAUCACAAUUUGCAAUGAUAAUAAACAAAGAAGUGGAAUGGAAUAUUAAAAAGUUAAGACAGAGAAACUUUGAAUUCGCUAACAAAUCAGGCAAAUGGCUUGCGUGGCAAAUCAAAAAAAGAAAGGAGCAGAACACAAUUAACAGAAUCAUUGUGAAUGGCGAAGAGAUAGAUAAUCCGAAAGAAAUUAGAAAAGGAUUCUUGGACUUUUACAGACAACUAUAUAAAAAUAAAGAAAGGAAUAAUAUGAGGAAAAUUGAGAGAUUUUUAAAAGGGAAAAAGGUGCAAAAGAUCCCGGCAGAUAAAAAAGACCAACUGAAUGCCCUAAUCGAAACAGAUGAGAUAAAAGAGAUUAUAAAGGAAUUGAAGAGGGGAAAGGCCCCAGGACCAGAUGGAUUUACAUCAGGUUAUUAUAAAGAGUUAAAAGAUGUUCUGAUGAUACCUUUAUUUUAUUUUUAUUUUUUUAAUAAUUUUUUAUUAAGGUUUUAAACAAACAAAAAAGAAAAACAACACACACAAAAAACAAUACAAAACUUAACAAUAUAAACACAAAACAAUUAAUAACAAACUCUCUUUUCCAUUUCCAAUUUUAAGUUACUUAUUUUCUGGACUUCCUCAUACCUCCCUCUUUUGUAUUCCAAUCCACAUUAUUUAUCCAGCAGUUUCUUUUCCACUUUUAUAAUCCCAAUCUUUAAUUUAAUAAAAUGUUAAAAUAUAUAACUUCAACUUUUUAAACCUAAUCCUUGAUCUUAAUAUCCUGUAACUUUAAAGUUUUCCUUUUAAAAUCAAAUUUCCAUUUCUUUAAAUUUCUUUAAUCUUAAUCUUUAAUCUUAAUCUAUCCUUAACUUUAACCUGUGCAGCUGGAAACCACUUAUUUUCAGUCCAACAUCACUCUAACAUUCCUUAAUUUUGCAGUGUUUCUGAAGAUAGUCUUUGAAUUUCUUCCAGUCUUCCUCCAUCGACUCUUCUCCCUGGUCACGGAUUCUACCAGUCAUUUCCGCCAAUUCCAUAUAGUCCAUAAGUUUCAUCUGCCAUUCCUCCAGCGUGGGAAGUUCUUGUGUCUUCCAAUACUUUGCGAUGAGUAUUCUUGCUGCUGUUGUUGCUUUCUGAUGAUACCUUUAAAAGAAGUUAUGAAUAAUAUUUUAAAGGAAAGAGACAUCCCGGAAACGUGGAAAGAAGCAUUCAUUACACUUAUCCCAAAACAGGACUCGGAUUUAACCCAAGUUAAAAACUAUAGGCCUAUUUCAUUGUUGAAUACAGACUACAAAAUUUUUGCAGGGAUCUUAGCAAGAAGAAUGAAAAAGAUAUUAUUAGAAACUAUUCAUAAGGAUCAAACAGGUUUCCUUCCAGGUAGACAGAUGAAGGAUAAUGUAAGGAACAUAAUUAAUAUUUUGGAAUAUCUGACUGCCAGGAAUGAGAAACAAGCUAUUCUUAUGUUUGUGGAUGCAGAAAAGGCCUUUGACAACAUAGCAUGGGACUUUAUGUUGAAAAAUCUGGAGAAUUUGGAGGUGGGGAAAGAGUUUUCAAUGGGAUAAAGGCAAUAUAUACAGAACAGAGAGCUAAGUUGAUUGUAAAUAAUGUGACUACGGAAGAUAUUAAAAUAUCUAAAGGAACUAGGCAGGGAUGUCUGCUUUCGCCAUUGCUGUUUAUAAUGGUCCUGGAGGUCUUUCUUAAAGCGAUUAGACAAAAUAAAUUAAUAAAAGGGAUAACAGUUGGCCAGAAUGAAUAUAAAGUUAAAGCCUUUGCAGACGAUCUGGUAAUAACGAUUGAAGAACCAAUAGAAAGUGUAAAAGAACUAUUAGAGGAGAUUGAACAAUUUGGGAAAGUGGCAGGGUUCAAAUUAAAUAAGAAAACUAAAAUAAUUGCAAAAAAUAUGGAGCAAAGUAUGAUAGAAAUAGUGCAACAACAAUCGCGAAGUAUUGGAAGACACAAGAUUUACCCACCCAGGAAGAAUGGCAGAUGAAGUUGAUGGAUUAUAUGGAAUUGGCGGAAAUGACUGGCAGAAUCCGAGACCAGGGAGAAGAGUUGGUGGAAGAAGAUUGGAAAAAGUUUAAAGACUAUUUACAGAAAUACUGUAAAAUUAAUGAAUGUUAGAAAAAUGUUGGAAUGAAGUUAUAUGGUGUCAGAGCUGGCUCCAGGUCCCAGCUCACAGAGGACCAACGCUAGCCGGCAGUAAUGUACAAAAGUCUUUAUUGAAGUACAGUUUCCAUUUUCAAGCCGCAGCGCCCCAGCUCUACGUCUAGGGGUUAGAUCGGCGAAGCUCCAUCUGAGUCUCCGCCCCUGUACACCAGUUUAAGAUUCUAGCCUUACUCCACCUCUUACGUCUCUCCUUUCUCCUCUGGGUCCUGCUACCCCCCGGGGUCCCUUCCUUCCUGGAUUCUUCUGACGCUGACCACCCUGACUCCUCCCCCUCUUUUCGGCGGGCUUUGGGACCUGGCUCCCUAUCCGGGCUGCCAACUGCGCCGCCCUCCUGUACAUUUGAACUUUGCGCGCGCGCCCAGCCUUCAACCUUCCUCUCGACCGUUUCCUCGCUCCCCGAUGGAGGCGUGGCCAAUCCUGACUCAUGUCCUCCCACUGGCAGUGCGCCGCCUGAUCCCGAUGCCUGGGACCCUCCCCCCUACUGCACUCUGGUGUGGACGCUGGUCCUGAUUUCCAACUGCUGCUCUCUGAGUCCCCUCUGGCCCCUUCUUCCUGGGGUGUCCCCUCGGCACCCCCUUGCUCUGACCAAGGGAGCCCCUUUCUGUGAAUCUUCCGAUUCGCUGGAAAGACUCAGAGACCUCGGACCGCUGUCAUCGCUAACAUUUCCUUCGGACUCCUCCCCUCGCUCUCUAUUUCCUCCCUUUCCUGUGCCUCUGCUCCUGAACCCCUGACAUCCAUCCCCCCCGAGAAGCCCCCCCGUCCCCCCGCCCCUCCUUCACGUGUGGGUACUGCGUGCUCCGUCGUUGUGGGGUUGAGUGCCGGAUACAGUUCGUCCCCGUGGCGUGCAUCCAGCCGGAUAAGUCCGGCUCGCCCUCCGUGCUCGCCGACCUCACUUCCUCUGCUUCCAUCUCUUUGCCGCCGUGCUCGAACCCAAGGUCCCCCCCAACACGUCCAUGUCCGUCUCUCCCCCGGUCUCCUCCGGGGACGUUGCCUGCCAAGGACCCCCCAGCCACUUCCUGCGCCACUGCUCCUCUGGUUGAUUGUCCCACCAAUAGGAACGGUCUGAGGCAGACCCCGAGGGUGAUCCCUCCGGGGAACGUGUUUCUAGUGCCGGUUCCUCGUCCGAGGUGAACCCCUGGAAUGUGCUAGCUGAAAAUGUGGGUGUGAAAAGCCAGUCGUCGAAAUACUCGGCUGGCAUGGGCCUGUGUGGGAAAAGGGCAUGAAACUCGUCCUUGAGAAAAGGUUCGUCCAAGGCAUGGUCUGGCACCCAACUGUUGGCGCUGGCCGGGUACCUUCUCUGGCGAGAAGAUAUUCUACUCCCUCUUCCCCCAUCUCGAGUCUAAAAUCUCUGUGACUUCGUUGACGGGUUCCCGCCUUGGCGACCCCCUUGUGGGCGUUUCCCUGAACGGGUCUGGUGCCGUUCCUGGCUCCUGAAAUCUAUGAGGUGCUUUGUAGGGCGUGAGCACUGAUCUAUGGAAAACUGGGUGCAUUCUGGAUCCCUCCGGCAGUGUCAACCGGAAGGCCACUGGAUUGACCUGUGCCUCGACUUGGUAGGGUCCUAGCUGCUUAUGCCCUAGCUUCUUCUUCGCUAACGAUCUGGCCGGCACUGCCUGGGCUGCUAACCAAACCCAGUCUCCCACCUGUAUGUCUUCCCCAACCCUUCUGUGCUUGUCAGCCUGCAGUUUGUAUGCGUGCUUUGCUAGUUCUAACUGCCUCCGAAGCUGUUCGUGAACCUCCUGCAACUCUGAUGCUAAGGCUUCCGCUGCCUGUGGCUCCCCUCCCCGCUCUCGCUAAUCCCGGGAAGGUUCUGGGAUGCCUCCCGUUGUUGGCGAAGAACGGUGUCACCCCCGUGGACACGUGCUUCGUGUUGUUGUAGGCGAACUCAGCGAGCGGCAGGUAGUCCACCCAUGUUGCCGGCUGCUGAUUUGCGUAGCAUCGCAGGUACUGCUGCAUGAUGGCGUUGACUCGCUCCGCUUGUCCGUCUCGUCUGCGGGUGUCUCGCCGACGCUAGGUUGAUCUUGACCUUCAGGAAACCCAUCAGCUUCUGCCAGAAGUUCGAGAUGAACUGUCGCCCCGGUCGGACAGGAUAGACCGUGGCAGACCGUGAACCCUGAACACGUGGUCUAUGAACAGUUUGGCGGUCUGUUCCGCCGUGGCCACCUUCGCGCACGGAAUGAAGUGGGCCAUUUUGGUGAACAUGUCCACCACCACUAGCACUGCCGUCUUGCCCCUCGAGCUGGGUAGAUCCGUGACAAAGUCCAGGGCCACCCUCUCCCACGGUUCGAGCGGUGUCUGCAGCGGUUCGAGCAGUCCCGCCGGCGGUUUGUGCACUGACUUGGCCCUUUGGCAGGUGUCGCACCUCGAGACGUAAUCCGCGACUUCCCCCGCAUCUUGGGCCACCAAAAUCUCUGGCUACUAAUUCUACCGUCUUCUCUUUGCCAAAGUGCCCGGCGGUGGGUGCGUCGUGCAACUGCUGCAGUACUUUCGCGCGGAGGUCGUCUCCCGGUUCGUAGAGGGCCGCUAUGCGGAUGAGCAAUCCGUCGAGUAUCUGGAACUCGUCGUCCUCCGCCGUGCCCCUUUGCACCUCUGCCAUCUUUGCUUGCGCGAAGGGGUCCUCCUGCAGUGCUCGACGUACAGCAUCCAGGUCCACGGUUGCUGAAGCGCACGCCCACGCUUCGGUGCGAAAAUGUGCUUGGCCGCUGCUGGUGCCGCCUCCUCGAGGUAUUGCGGCUUUCUGGACAGUGCAUCCGCCAUGAUGUUGUUGUCGCCUGGGAUGUACUCUAUCCUGAAGUCGAAAUCCGCAAAGAACUCCGCCCAUCGUAUGUGCCUCUGGUUCAGGAACCUUGCCGUGCGCCAGUACUCCAGGUUUUUAUGGUCCGUGCGGACCUGCACUGUGUGUUUGGCUCCAAUGAGGAAGUGCCGCCACGCCUUGAAUGCUGCAUGAAUGGCCAGCAACCCCUGUCCCAGAUGGUGUAGUUCUGCUCUGACUUGCUGAGCUUCCUGGAGUAGAAGGCACACGGUCUCCAGUCCCCAUGCGGGUCUUGCUGCAACAGUACUGCUCCCACGGCUCUGUCUGAGGCGUCCGUUUCAACCCUCAUCGGUCUGCUGGGAUUCACAUGCAGUAGCUGCUCUUCGGACGAGAAGAGACGCUUGAGUUUCUGAAAGGACUGCUCCGCUUGCUCCGUCCAGAUGAACUUCUUCUUCUUGGAGCUGAGCGUGUCGGUAAUGGCCGCCGUCUGCAUCGCGAACCCCUUGAUGAACUUGCGGUAAAAGUUGGCGAAACCGACAAACCGCUGGACCUCCUUCCGAUUGCGCGGGCUCUUCCAGUCCAACACUGAGCGAACCUUGGCGCUGUCCAUGGCGAGCCCCUUGUCCGACAACUUGUAGCCCAGGAAAUCUACCUCCUUCAUGUCGAACUGGCACUUCUCCAGCUUGGCGUACAGCCUGUGCUCCUGCAGUCUCUGCAGAACUUCCUUGACGUCUCCCUCGUGGGUCUCCUCUGAUUCUGAAAAUAUCAGGAUGUCGUCCAGGAAGCAGACGCAUUUCUUGUAGAGGAGACCCGCCAAUACGUGAUGCAUGAAGGCUUGAAAACAGUGGGAGCCAUUUUGUAAUCCAAAGGGCAUAACUCUGUAUUCAUAGGUGCCCAGGGGCGUGAACAUGGCAGUCUUCCAUUCGUCGCCCUCCCGUAUGCGAAUCAGGUUGUACGCCCUCGCAGAUCCAACUUUGUGAAAACGCGUCCUUUCCUCACCGUUGCGAGCAGGUCAUCUAUCUUGGGCAUGGGAAAGGCUGUGGGCUUGGUUUUCGAGUUCAAAAUUCUAUAGUCCACCACAAGCCUUUUUGGGGCGUGUCCUUCUUCUUCACAAAGAAUACAGGACUGCCCCCACUGCCUUCGACUCCUGGAUGAAACCGCGCUUCAAGUUGAGGUCUAUGAACUCCCUGAGUUCCUGCAGCUCGGCUUCAGACAUGGAAUACAGUUUCCCGGUUGGCAGCGCGCCCUGGCAGGAGGUCAAUCUUGCAGUCAUAGGACCUGUGGGGAGGUAGCUUGUCCGCUUCCUUCUCGCAGAAAACCUCCAAAAACGCUGCGUAUUUGAGUGGCACUGCUUGCAGCGUGCCUAAUUGUAGCUGCGGGUCAUCCUCUUCCCCUUCCGGGCUAGGCAGAAUGCAAUGUUCCGCACAGUAUGAGGAGCCGAAGGUCAGUUGUCGCUGGUACCACGCCAAUGCUGGGCUGUGCCUGUGCAGCCAACUCAUGCCUAAUACUAUAGGCGUGUCCGACAGUUGGGUGACAUUGAAGCUGAUGACUUCUCGGUGAUUCCCAAUUUGCAUCACCAUCGGAGGCGUUUGCUGCACCACCUGCCCCCAGCAAUUCCCUGCCAUCCACCGUGACAACUUUCAGAGGCAGCGUGGCUGGCAGGAGUGCUAUGUUGUGCUCUUGAAUGAAAUCCAGUCCUAUGAAGUCUGCGUUACUACCAGAGUCAAUGGUAAUCGGCACUUCCAUAGUGAGUCCAUUGGGUAGUUGGAGCGAUGCUGUGAGCUGCACCACUGGUUUGGGCGGGAGGGGGUCUGUGGGCUGCAAAAUCUCUGGGGACGGCUUCAUUGACUUGUCUGGCUGGGCCCCAGUGCCUCUUCCUCCAACCAGACUCUGUCGUUUCCCUGCUGUGGUUCUCGUUGCUGAGUUGCGUCGGUUACUGUUGCUGAGGCUGCAGUGUGCUUGUGGAGCCUCUGGGGACACUCUUUCGCCAUGUGCUGAGCACUGUCGCAGAUGUAGCACUUCCUGCUCCCGGUGUUAGGGCUCUGGUUGCUGACUGAGCCCUGGCGCCUCCAAGCUCCAUCGGUUGCUCGCCCCCUCCGUGCGGAGGUGGGGAUUGCACACGCGCUGCAUCCUUGGGAAAGUGGGUUGGUGCUCUCCCUGGCAUACGUCCCCAACGUCCUUCUUCUCUGUUCCUGGGCCGUUCUUCCAGACGCACCCCCAUUUGCAGCGCCCGCCGGACAACCUCCUGAGUGCUCUUUGGUCUCUCCCCUUGCAAUCUCAUCUUUCACAUUUGCAUUCAAGCCUUCCCAAAAAGGUCUCUGGCUGGGGCAGAAUCCUUCUCCCAUCCCAGCGCAUGGACUAAUGCAAAAAGCGGGAAUGGUACUGCCUUACACUGGCUCUGCCUUGUUUGAGCCCAUGUAUGUCUUUUCUGGCGAUAUCAAUGUCUAUAUUUGAUAAAAACACGAAUCCAUCGCUUUAAUGAAUGCAUCCGCAUUUUGGAGCGCCGGAUCCUUAUCUCUCCACAGAUUGCGCAGCCACGCUUUAGCUUCCCCAUGCAAAUGGGACAAGAUAAACCCCACCUUCUCUUGCUCAUCUCUAAAGUCUUUAUCCAGCAGUUCCAGCGCAAACAGCACGUCUGCUCGGAAGUUAGGGUACUGCUGCAAAUUCCCAUCGAAAUGAGAUACCAGGCUGCCUCCUCUUUCCCCAGCCCAAUCCCCUCUGAUUUGGGUCCCGGUUGCCCCUGCUUAGCAAGCACUUCCAACCUGGCUUGGAGAUCCCUGCAGGCGGCAGCCGCUUCCUCUUCCCUUUUCCUGGAUGCGAGUACCUCCGCGUUGAGUUGUGUCACUGCAUUUUGCAGGGCUGCUAGUUGCUGUUCUGUAGUCAUCUUGCCUGACUUUUGUGAGCUCGCGAAGCACCAAUCUUCUCCCUCGCUGCGUCCACUCACGUUACGAGGUUUUUGGUGCAAAACUUUAGGAGAUGGAGCUUACUGUCAGAGCUGGCUCCAGGUCCCAGCUCACAGAGGACCAACGCUAGCCGGCAGUAAUGUACAAAAGUCUUUAUUGAAGUACAGUUUCCAUUUUCAAGCCGCAGCGCCCCAGCUCUACGUCUAGGGGUUAGAUCGGCGAAGCUCCAUCUGAGUCUCCGCCCUGUACACCAGUUUAAGAUUCUAGCCUUACUCCACCUCUUACGUCUCUCCUUUCUCCUCUGGGUCCUGCUACCCCCGGGUCCCUUCCUUCCUGGAUUCUUCUGACGCUGACCCACCUGACUCCUCCCCAUCUUUUCGGCGGGCUUUGGGACCUGGCUCCCUAUCCGGGCUGCCAACUGCGCCGCCCUCCUGUACAUUUGAACUUGGCGCGCGCGCCCAGCCUUCAACCUUCCUCUCGACCGGUUCCUCGCUCCCCGAUGGAGGCGUGGCCAAUCCUGACUCAUGUCCUCCCACUGGCAGUGCGCCGCCUGAUCCCGAUGCCUGGGACCCUCCCCCUACUGCACUCUGGUGUGGACGCUGGUCCUGAUUUCCAACUGCUGCUCUCUGAGUCCCCUCUGGCCCCUUCUUCCUGGGGUGUCCCCUCGGCACCCCCUUGCUCUGACCAAGGGAGCCCCUUUCUGUGAAUCUUCCGAUUCGCUGGAAAGACUCAGAGACCUCGGACCGCUGUCAUCGCUAACAUUUCCUUCGGACUCCUCCCCCUCGCUCUCUAUUUCCUCCCUUUCCUGUGCCUCUGCUCCUGAACCCCUGAUAUAUGGCUUUAGUAGAAAUGAUAUAAGGAAUUAAGUAUAAAUAGAUUAAUAGAGUAUUAAAGGAAAAAAUAAGGUUAGAAUGUGUUAAGAUAAUUAUAGGAUAGAAAACAGAGGAAGAUGGAAAGGAAUUGCUGAAACAAUUAACAGAAGUGGAAUACAAAAGGGAGGUGCGAGGAGGUUGUGGAAAUUAGUGAAUGAAAGAUGGGAUAAUGAAAUUGUUUGAUUUAUUUUACUGUUUUUGUUUUGUUUUGUUAGUUCAAUGUGUUUAAUGUGUCAAUGUUAGGUAGUGUUUUUGCAUUGUAUUGUUUUUGUAGUGUUUAAAUUGUUGGAAAAGUAAUAAAUAUAAUUUUUAAAAAAAAUAAUAAUAAUGCAACAACAAACAGAGAUAGAGGUGGUGAAAAAGGUAAAAUAUUUAGGAAUUUGGUUAACUCCUAAAAACAUUGAUUUGUAUCAGAACAAUUACAUACUGGUUUGGAACGGAAUAAGGAAAGAUCUGGAGGUGUGGGGUAGAAUGAAACUAUCUUUUGGGGCAGAAUUUCUACGAUAAAGAUGAGCGUCCUUCCAAAGAUGUUAUUCUUGUUUCAGACUAUCCCCAUAAUAAAGGGGGUAACGAUUUUUAAAGAGUGGCAAAGAGUGAUCUCAAGGUAUAUCUGGCAGGGCAAAAGCCGAGAAUUAAAUUUAAGCUAUUAACAGAUGAGAAGGAAAGAGGAGGUUUUGCCCUGCCAGACCUGAAGUUAUAUUAUGAAGCAGCAUGUCUUUGCUGGUUGAAAGAAUGGAUAAAAUUAGAAAAUAAAGAGUCACUGGACUUAGAAGGCUUUGAUAACAGAUUUGGAUGGCACGCGUACUUAUGGUGUGGGAAGAAGAAAAUUCACAAAGGCUUUGGGAACCACAUCUUCCGGAGUGCGUUAAUAGAAAUAUGGGAUAGGUAUAAAAACCUAUUAGAACCAAGAGUUCCACACUGGUUAUCUCCGUUAGAAGUUAUGAGUGUAAAGAAAAUUAAUAUGAGAGGUAAAUGGAUUACAUAUGGUGAACUGAUAAUUAAAGAAGGAGGAAAAUGGAAAUUAAAACCAUAUGAACAAGUUAAAGAAUAUGUUUAUGAUUGGUUGCAUUAUUUUCAGGUGAAUGAAAUGUUUAAAAAGAUUUUAAAGAAAGCGGUUAUGCAGAAAAAGAUUCUAAGUUUCAAAUCGACAUAAUAAACAAUGAUUGUAAAAUUCUGUCAAAAAUGUAUAAGAUAUUUUUGGAAUGGCAUACGAAAGAUGAAAAAGUGAAAUCGGUAAUGAUACAAUGGGCCAGAGAUUUCGGUUAUAAUAUACAAUUUGAUGAUUGGGAAAAACUAUGGAAAGAAAACUUAAAAUUUACUGCAUGCACGGCGUUAAAGGAAAAUGUGAUGAAAAUGUUUUAUAGAUGGUAUAUAACACCAGUAAAAUUGGCAAAAAUGUUUAAGAUGUGUAAUAAGUGUUGGAAAUGUAAAGAAAAAGAAGGAACGUUUUAUCAUAUGUGGUGGGAUUGUAAGAAAGUGAAAAGUUUCUGGGAGAUGAUAUAUAAUGAAUUGAAAAAGAUAUUAAAAUAUACGUUUGUAAAGAAACCAGAGGCUUUUCUUUUAGGGAUUACAGGAAACGAGAUAAGAAGAAAAGACUGUAAACUCUUCCAAUAUGCAGUUACAGCUGCAAGGAUUUUACUGGCCCAGAAAUGGAAACAAGAGGAAAUGCUGACGAUUGAAGAUUGGAGACUGAAACUGACAGACUAUGCAGAAUUGGACAAGCUAACUGGGAAAAUUAGAUAUCUUAAGGACCAAAAGUUCAUCGGACGGGGGAAAUUUGUAGAAUAUCUGAAAAAUACAUGUGAUGUGCAAACAACGUUAGUGAUACAGUGGUGCCCCGCAAGACGAAUGCCUCGCAAGACGAAAAACUCACUAGACGAAAGAGUUUUCCGUUUUUUGAGUCGUUCCGCAAGACGAAUUUCCCUAUGGGCUUGCUUCGCAAGACGAAACGUCUUGCGAGUUCUUGCGAGUUUGUUUCCUUUUUCUUAAAGCCGCUAAGCCGCUAAUAGCCGUGCUUCGCAAGACGAAAAAACCGCAAGACGAAAAGACUCGCGGAACGGAUUAAUUUCGUCUUGCGAGGCACCACUGUAUUUCAAGAAGCACUGUGAAAUUUGAGAUGUAUUGUUAUAAAAAUAAUAGAAGUGGGAGGGAAGACUAAUGACAAUACUAAGGAGAAGGAAUGCGUAAUUAAGAGGUAAAGAUGGAUGAUUGUCAGAGAAGCUGAAGGAAGUCCAAAAAGAGAGAAUUUAUUUGUUAAAAAUUGGAUAAAAUUGUAUAUCUGUGUUGUAAAUCGAUAAAAAUUAUUAUUAAAAAACCACAAGUGAACAGCAGAGAACCGGCACAAGUAACGCUGACACCAAACCCUACAUACAUUAAGCAAAAUAGAAACAGGUUCACCACACUUUCUCAUCCUGGUCUUCUUCCAGCUGCCUAUGGUUGUGAAGGAGAUUUACAACCAUCUCCACCGGAUCCCCGACACCCGCACUAAGGAUGUGACGCUUUCGGCUAUUGUCAGCCUAGCCACCAAGCGCCUGCAGCCGGUCGUAGACAGCCUGUUGGACUGCUCAAAGGAGUGUGAUGAGUAAGUUUUUGUGAUGUGAAAAUGGGGAGGGCUAGAUUUAAGGGGUUUCUUAAUUUAUAUUUAUUUAUAUUGAAUUUCGUACUUGCAAAAAAUUGUGCUCCAAGUUGUGGUUUCUUUCUUUGCUAAUGUAUGUGCAAUAUAAAGAAAAUAUCAAAGGCCUGACUUUUUUUAAGAAAAGGAAAAAUGAAAAAUUCUGUUUUGAAAAAUUGCAGAAGUACCGCAGUGAUCUGGAAGGCGUUGGUCGCCGAUCCGUAUUCCAGCGUCAAGCUGCUGAGACCCCUCCUGAAAAGGCUGCAGGAUGAAGACCCCAAAGCGGAAGUCCCUUCCAGGCGAUGCAGCACUUCUCAAAUGCCAAUGGCGGUACGAAGCCACUCAGUUUCUCUCUCCUGGAUUGUUUUGAAUGGGAGCUGGAUGGGGCUGGGGGCUUCUUGCUGGGAGGGGGGUGCAUCUUAAUAAGUGGUCCAUCCUGUGAGCACCUGCUUUGUAUGCAGAAGGGCCCCAGCAUCUCCAUGUCGGGGAGUCCCUCGCCUGAAACCCUGGACAGCCACUGCUAGUCAGUGUAGACAACACUGAGUGAGAUGGACCGGGGCUCUGAGCCGCGUCUGAGUCUGAGAUCUUGAUCUGACGAUGACCUCUGCUGAAUGCCGUUCUCCUCUCCUUGUCCCUCCAGGCUACCAACGCUCUGUGUCAUAUCCUGUCGUUCCCUGAGGCUGCAGGUAUCCUGAAGAGCAAGUUCACCACCUGCUGUUUGCACUUAGCACUCAGAUCUGUUUUGUCCAUGAGGCGAGAAGAAGAGGUUCGAGAGCGACAAGUCUAAUCCCGGAGCCCUCUUCGCAUCUCGAUCCGCUGACGUGAGGGACCUGCUAAUGCAUUGGGGGGGGCCCUCCCUUCUCUCUCUGACCCAUAGCAGUGAUGGCUCAGCCCUCCCCCAAGAGAUAGGCUUCAUUUGGACAUGGAGGUUCUGCUUAGGUUAGAUAGCUAGGAGACCCAGGCUUCCCCAACCCCUGUGCUCUUCAGUCGCUUUGGACCACAACUCCCACCAGCCCCAGCCAGCACAACUGGGCUGAAGAUGGGAGUUAUUGUAGCCCAAAACAUCUGAAGGACACUAGGAUGGGAGAGGAUGCUGGAGACUCUCCCGCACGAUGGGCUGAUUUGGGUGUGGUGGGACUCACGUGUCAUGGAACCUUAAGUCUCCAUCAGAGCCAAAAGGUUGCCGCUUGUGCUGGAAACAUGGGGAGGCUGCAGGGGGUGAUGGUUGGGGUUGGACUGCAAGAUGUCAAGGACCUAAAACUCCCCAGAUGAACCUACCCAGACCUUGUGCUCAUCAUCGGAAGCCCCUCUUCACGUGCCUCCUCCACACAAGAAGGGGCCUUUUCUGUGGUGGCUCCCCAUUAGUGAGUUGCUCUCCCCAGGGAGGCUUGCCUGGUGCCUUUAGAUGCCAGGCAAAAAUGGUCCUCUUCAAUCAGGCCAUUGGCUGAUUAACCUCUUAUGCCCUUUCAACUGUGUUUGUUGGAGGGAGAGGAGUUAUUGGUUUGCUUUGGUUUUUUAUUCUGUAUUUUGUGCUUUUUAACUUGCAUUUUUAUGUUGUGAACUGCCCGGAGAUCUACAGGUGAAGGGCAGUAUACAAAUUUUAAAAAUAUAAUAUUCUUAAUUCCUUCACUUGACUCAGGAUCGCUGUGCAGGCCCUGAAACAACUGAUUGGGCGUGUUGAAUACCUUGACGAUUUUGAGAUUUUGGAGUUGCAAAGCUGCUGGGAUAUGCUGUCAAGUCCAGAAAGCUUUUUCCAAGGCAUUCGUCUUCUGGCAAGGUAAGAAGGUGAAAAGGACUGGCAGGUGAGGCAUGAAGAGCAAGGCCUGCUUUCUGGGGAAAUGGGGAUAAACUUCUUAUUUAUUUCAGAAAAUGUACCAUAUUGUCCAUUCUAUAAGACGCAGUUUUCCCCUCCUAAAAAGUAAGGGGAAAUGUGUGUGCGUCUUAUGGAGCGAAUGCAGGUGGGAGGCUCUGCUCAGCGUUCAAGUAACCUGGUAGUGGUGGUUGUUGUGCAGGAACGCUGAGCAGUUCUUCCUGCCAGCUUCAGGCUUGUGAAUCCUUUGUUUCUUACUCUUAUGUUUCAGGACCUUGUACACAUCCUCGAAAGAACAGUACAAGAGGAUUGCCCGAUUGGCACGGGAAUAUAUGUGCUGUCCAAGCAAUAAGAAGAGAGCCAUCGGCAUGGCGUUUUACUUGGAGGUAGGAACUGGAAACAGGGAAUGCCUGUUCUAAUGUUUCUAAUGGUUUCUUUAUUCCUCGCAAUUUAACUGUCAAAUGUUCUUUAGCAUUUACACAUUUUUAUUUAAUUGUACAACUUCAGCUGCAUUCACUUCUAUCAUGUCUAAUAUAUAUGGACAAUGUUUUUUUUGAUAGAAGAUAAAUGUAUACAUAAUAAAAGAUGCACUUACAGUGGCUUUGCUCCAACUUAGGGGAUGUCCGACUCCGAUACGGACACGUCCGAGACCUAG